AUGGAUCGGAUGUUCCUCAGGACCUCUCUGGAGGCCCUGAAGGGGCUGGUCUUCAGCCAGGAUAGCUGAACAACAUUCACAUUGGAGCUGCAGGACAGCUGGGACCUGUUCUCGUGCCUGGAAACCUUCCAGGAGGCCGUGGUCCUACUGGCCAGGACAAUGGUCCAGAACAGGUACCCCGUCGUGGGUGGCCUCCUGACGGUGGUGGUGACUCAUCUGCCCAGGAUGGGCCCGCAGGGACCGCACGUUGCUAUGGGCCUCCUGGCCCAGCUCAUCUGGAUCCCUGAGUUGGAGUCAGUCCUGGAAACUGCUGCUCUCCAGAGCAUACUGCAGGGUGGCCUGGAGGAACCUGACCCCACGGUGCAGGUUAGCAGUCUCCAGGCCCUCAACAGCCAACCCCUCAACCCGCAAAAGGGGUCACUGCUCCAGGCCCAACUUCCGGCUCUCCUGGAGGGACUAUACCACGAGGGAGAGGAGUCCCUCUUGGCAGCCAUGGCCACUGUGAUCAGGGUGGGCCACAGCGUGGGGCAUUGGGGUCUGAAGGGUCUCUGGAAGGAGAUUGCUUUGAUGCUGGGCCCCUCCAUUGACAACGAGAGAGCUCGAGUGUGCGUUGCCGUCUUAAAGCUGCUUGGAGUCAUGGCCCAUGGCAGGGUCAGGGAGAAGAAAACUGGGCUCCGGCAGGAAUUGAUCCGGCAUAUUCUGCCCAUCCUUGUCCACAUGAUGGAUGAGGAUGCUACCGUACGGAAAAAAGCCAGAACGACCUUCUUUUCCCUGAUCCACAGCCUGGGUUGGAGGCAAAUCAAGUCCGUGAGCUGGAAACUGAUGGGGGAGAAGGGAGUGCAUGGGGCCUCCCCCACCAUCUGGAAUUAUAUGAUGAAGACAUUAAAGGGCAGCUGCCAGAUAUUUAUCUCCCAGUCUCUGGGCUACACCAACAGCCCCCAGACAGGGAUGCGAGCAACUGCUGUGCUCUUCCUUGUGUACACUAACUACUAUAGUAGGAGAGAGGCGUGGCUCUCGGAAUACGAUUUCAACUACCUCUCCCAGACAUUUCAACGUCUAAGAACAGACCCUUUGCCCUGGAUCUGUGACUUUGUGCUCAUUCUGCGGAGCUCUUGUGAGCAGAAAUCCAGCCACCAGCCCGACCACAUCCAUCUCAGCCUCAACCCCAACUUUGCCUUCGCCUUUGCCCAGCAGCACUUCCCUUCCCCUAUCGACUAUUGCCCUCAGCGACAAGACCGACACGGGCAUUUCCUGGCCAAGAAACCCUUCAGGCCCAGGCUGCCCCUGCCUUCCCCAAGGAGGACAGUGAGCAGCCAAGUACAGGCCUACGUUCCCGUCGGAAGGUCCCCUGCCCAGACUGUCUCAGCUGUCCUCUCGGAUAGCAGUGAGCAGCAGCAACUGACGUUUCCCCCCAAUCUUUAUACUACGCUUGUUGACCGUUACAUCGAGCUUCUUCCGCGCCUCGGCCGACCCCCUGUCGGCAGUACAGAGCCGGGCCUCAACAGGAGGGUCCUGGCCAGAUCGAAGAGCUCCGGAUCAGCCAUGAUGAGCCAUGCAAGUGGGAUUCUCCCUGUGAUGCUGCACAAGUCUGAAGCCUCAGCCCAUCAGGUUCCAGCUGUCAUCUCACAUCCGUAUGGCCGUUACUUUCAAAAGUCCAUAAACAGGCCUCUGCUGACCCCCUGA